CUUCUUUCUCAUAACCGUGGAUUAAUUCAAUAUCAUGAAAACGGGUAUAGUAUAUUUAAGCUCGACGACUUUCCCCCCUCGAAUUCUCCAACUGUGUGCUGGUCACCGUUCAAUACCUCCUACUUAUCAUCAACAUCAACCCCGAAUCAUCUCAACCUAUGCCAACGAACAUGCGCACUAUCGCCUUAGCUGCCUUUCUCGCAUCGGCCACUAUCAUGGCUUCUGCCCUGCCCACCGAUGGGCAGAUGCAUCAGGCUCGAGCAGCGGUUGUCAAGAUGCGUCAGCAGCCCGCUCCUAAUUCAACAGAGACGACUACGACGGCUUCAACUACACCUACGUCUACGAGUGAUAGUGCUUCAUGUGGUGUCAGUGAUAUCUUUGAUUGUGUCAAAGGACUGGAGAAAACAGUCACAUCAUGCGCGACUGCAGCCUCUGAUUGGGGAGCGGAUAUUUCCAAGGAUAAGCAAUGUCUCGAGGAUGCAGAAAGUGACAUCAAGUCUUUGCCUUCUCAAUGCCUCGGAUGCGUGAAAAAGUACCUGUAGUCUUCCUACUACCCCGUACAUUUCUUCAACCUUUGUUGUCCUCGAGUUCUUUGCAGCUUCCAAAUUAAGCACUUGUUGAUCAAGCUGGGGCACCAAUCUGAAUCUGUCAGACUGUCCCUGAUUCGUUCAGAGUCGUCUGAUACCCUACAACUUGACAUCUUCCAUUCUUCUCCCUCCUCAUAAGACGUUACAUUCAAUUCAACAAAUUAACGUUUGUAGGUUUGAUACGCAAGUAUGCCUGCUGUCUGUCUUUCUGUCGUUGGUCCAAGGGCUGGAGUAAAUUCAUU